GUUUCCCUGUGGCAAUUGCAACAGCGUGUUCAGCAUGAAGCACAAUCUUCAGUAUCACUGGAGGAUUGAAUGUGGUCAACCGCCGAGGUACAAUUGUCCCUACUGCGCCUACAGGACGAAGCAUCCGUCAAACAGAUUCGACCGGUCGCCAUGCAACGAUUUCACGCGCAUUCCAAUCAAUGUGUCUACAAUCUUGAUGGAGUACAGCAAAACAGGAAUUACCCCUGCCACAAGUGCGGCAACGCGUUCACGCGCAAGAACAAUUUGUAUAAUCAUCUCAAGUUCCAGUGUGGCCAGUUGCCGAGAUUUAACUGUCCAUACUGUUCUUAUCGUACGAAACACUCGUCAAACGUGAGGUCCCAUAUUCGCAGGAUACAUCCCAACGAAAAUGUCUACGUUCUCGAUAUGAGCACGAAACAGGAUCAUCAGCCAAGAUGAAUGAUACAAAUUUUGCAAGCCUUCCUUCCUUUUAUAAGAUCAUCCA